AUGAAGGAGCAGGAGGAACAGAAUGAACAGGAGGAAAAGCAAGAGGAAAAGAAGGAGCAGGAGGAACAAGAGGAAAAGAAGGAGCAGGAGGAAAAGGAGGAGCAGGAGGACCAAGAGGAAAAGAAGGAGCAGGAGGAACAAGAGGAAAAGAAGGAGCAGGAGGAAAAGGAGGAGCAGGAGGACCAAGAGGAAAAGAAGGAGCAGAAGGAAAAGGAGGAGCAGGAGGACCAAGAGGAAAAGAAGGAGCAGGAGGAAAAGGAGGAGCAGGAGGACCAAGAGGAAAAGAAGGAGCAGGAGGAAAAGAAGGAGCAGGAGGAACAAGAGGAAAAGAAGGAGCAGGAGGAAAAGGAGGAGCAGGAGGACCAAGAGGAAAAGAAGGAGCAGGAGGAAAAGAAGGAGCAGGAGGAACAAGAGGAAAAGAAGGAGCAGGAGGAAAAGGAGGAGCAGGAGGAACAAGAGGAAAAGAAGGAGCAGGAGGAAAAGGAGGAGCAGGAGGAACAAGAGGAAAAGAAGGAGCAGGAGAAACAAAAGGAGCAGGAGGAACAAGAGGAAAAGAAGGAGCAGGAGAAACAAAAGGAGCAGGAAGAAAUGGAGCAGGAGGAAAAUAAGAAGGAAUAGGAAUAACAGGAAAAAGAGGAGAAACAGGAAGAACAGGAGAAAGAGGAAGAACAGGAGGUACAGGUAAAAGAGGAGAAAGAGGAAGAGCAGGAGGACAGGACGAACAGGAGGAGCAGGGGGAACAGACGCUUGACUGAAGGCCACCAGUCCGUCACUGUGGACUCUGACUGUGUGAACACCUGGACCUCUCACAUCACACUGCCACACUGUAAGCGGACCUCUUUAAUAACUCCAGCAGAGGUCCAUGUUACAAAUAAGCUGUCACCUUCUGACCAGCAGGAUCACAGUAAGCCAUCGCCAUCAGAAAACCGCUCAUGUGACAGAAACAUUUAUCACUUCACAUGUUAAUGUGGUUAGUAAACAUAUUUCCUCAGCUGAAUUAUGUAGAUAAUCAGGAUAUAAAUAAAAAACUGGUAGCUAACCAAAUAUGAGCAUGUAACCAGAUUAAAUGACAGAUACAUCACUGCGGAUUUCAGUCAUGAUGUGUAUUAGACACGAUGGUGAUCAGGACAGGUGCUGAAUAAAAAGCAAAAGGGCAACACUUCAAAAAUGAUACUCUUGCAAUAUGUCUGAGAAGUGACACUGAUCACAGAUCAUGUAGUUCAUCAUGUGUGUAACGCAGAGUUUCAUACAGUUUGUGUAGGAUGAUCUUUAAGGUGUGAGGCGAACUCAGUGACUGACAGCAGACUGUCUUCAAGAUUCUUGAAUAAUUUAGGAAUCAUGUCGUGUAGAGACUUGUGUGAAAUUACUCUUAGUAAAGAGAUCGGUGGUUUAAGAGGAACAAAAAAAUAUUCACUGUUCUGUAAACAGCUCACAAAUUCCUCCAAUCAGAUAUGCAGGAAUCAUAACCUAAACUACCAUCUCCAUGUUACAGUGUGUGUGUGUGUGUUUGUGAGAGAGAGAGAGAGAGAGAGAGAGAGAGAGAGAGAGAAGAAAAGCGAAGAGAGGAGAAGACAAAAGAAGAAAAGAGAAGUUAAAAGAAAAGAAGAGAAGAGAAGUUAAAAGAAGAGAAGAGAAGAGACGUUAAAAGAA